GUUACCUUCGCUUCCUCGCUGCUCCAUGCUGGAGUUGAUGUAACAGGCGUGUGGAUUGAUCGUUGUGCCGGUGUUUGAAUUAAAUUGCUCGGAUAAACGGCGAUCAGAGUUUUACUGCAGACAUGUCGUACUGCAAGCAGGAAGGUAAAGAUCGAAUCAUAUUCGUGACCAAGGAGGAUCAUGAAGCCCCUAGUAAUGCUGAGCUUGUUGAAGAUGACCCCAAUGAUCCCUAUGAGGAUCAUGGUCUUAUUUUACCCAAUGGGGAAAUAAACUGGAACUGCCCAUGUCUGGGUGGUAUGGCUAGCGGCCCCUGUGGACAGCAGUUCAAGGAAGCCUUUUCUUGUUUCCACUAUAGCAAGGAGGAGUUAAAGGGGUCGGAUUGUGUGGAAAACUUCCGGAGUAUGCAGGAAUGUAUGCAGAAAUACCCUGAGCUCUAUCCACAGGAGGAUGACAAUGACAGUGCCCCCCCUGGAGGGGCUGAAACUACACAUACUGAAUCCACUUCAACAGACUCUGCACCCUCUCCUGAUUCUGAAUCAGCUGCCACAGAUAACCCAGCAGCUAGCUAAUAUUACUCGCUUCAUUUCUUUUGGAUCACAGCAGAGACAGCUCCAUUUUAGAGUAUACAGAGAUGUUAUGUGACACCAUUGGGGUGACUUUCUCUUGACCUGGCGGCAUGAAGCACGGAUGCAGUGGGGGAGAAGCCCUUCAAGUUUAUCUGAUGAAUAGAUUGAAAUGACAAUAAAAUGCACUAUGCAUGUAGGAAAAAGUAUGACAACAAAUGUAGGACAAUGCUUAAACGUUUUACAGAUGGGCAUGUGAUCAGUCACUUGGCACCUGGACCUCUGAUAUAUUCCACCACCUCACCUCAUCUAGGUUGCCUGGUUUAUUCGACCAGCAGUGUUUUUGGGUUAUUUUCUGCUCCACUAACUGUCCUAAACUUGUUUGUUUUGUGAAUUACUAUGGAUCAAAGGUCAUUUGGCAUCUGUAAUUUUAAGUUCAGAGUUCUGUUAUCCUCACGAACAGAAAUGUUUACUCAAGCUAGAAGGCCUGCAUACAUUUCCUGUGAUUAUUAUUUUUAUAUAUAGAAUGAUUAAACAAUUUCAUAAGUUCA